AAUUUCUUUUGGCGGUAUACAGAUAAUAGAUAAAUUGUGAUAUUCUUAUCAUGUGUUCGCCGACCUAUAAAUAGUCAAAUUGUUUAACUUUGCUUUUACAAAUUAGCAUGAAUUCCUUAGCAAUUAUUGUAUUAUUGUUGUGUAGCAAUUUGAAAAUUGCUCUGAGCCAAACGGUGUCACCUGUAAAUCCUCUUGAUUUGGAAAAUGAGAAGAGUGAUGGCCGAGAAACGAAACAAGAAGAUAUACAGAUUCUUUUGAAGAAUGCACUUGCGGUCGAUAGAGAGAACAGAAUCCAGAAAUAUCAAAACAUUGUUACUAACUUAUUGUUUGACCAAUGUAAAUAUUUAGUUGGCACAAGUAAAACACCAUUAUGUCGCCAUAAUCCACUUGAACAAAAGUCAGAUGGUUCCACCACUUAUCCAAGAAACUGUAGAGAGAUUUUAAAAAGUGGCAAUAAUAAAUCAGGUGUGUACAAGAUCAAACCACGGAGAAGCAGUAAACCUUUUAAUGUGUUAUGCGACAUGGAUACCAACGGAGGCGGCUGGACUCAUAUUCAAAAGAGAUUUGACGGAUCACAGGACUUCUAUCUACCUUGGAGAGACUACAAAUUUGGUUUUGGUGACUUAAGCGGAGAAUUUUGGAUUGGUCUAGAAAAUAUUUAUCUCAUGACAGCAUUCGAAAGAAACGAACUGUUGGUAGAAAUAACUGACACAAAUAAAAACAAAAGUUAUGCUCAAUAUAAGGCGUUUUCAAUAGGAUCCGAAGAAGAUGGUUAUAUUUUAAACACUCUUAAUGGAUUUUCCGGAAACAUAGAUGAUUCAUUAUCAGGACAUUUGAAUUUAAAAUUUUCAACUCUGGAUUUAGAUCAAGAUAAUUCCAGAAAGUAUGAUUGUGCCAAGGAUAAUCAGGGGGGUUGGUGGUACAACAACUGCUAUUUCAGCAACCUAAAUGGAAAAUUUGUAAAAGUGGUAAUUCGAACAGAAAAUAUGGAAGCACUUCGUUGGAUGGAUAAAAAUGAGUGGCCAAAUCUAGCAGGAUCCAGAAUGUUAAUACGAUAGAUUCGAGAAUAAAUAUGUUGUAUUAAAAAUAAUAUGUAAAAUUUAAUAAAAAAUUUUGGUCUUGGUAAAA